GUUCCCAGGUACUUUCACAUUCCUGCCACAGUCCUCCCUGUGUGGACAGGAAGGCAGAGACACUGACAUGAGAUAAAAGGGAAACUCUAGGAAGCAAGAAAGCUACAUGAGUCAAGAAGGGAAAUUCCUCUUUCUACACAAGGAUUGCUGGCUAUAAAAUGCUCCUGACACACUCCUGGGGUCCAGCCUGCUCACUGCUCUCUGAAAAGAGCAUCGAAGCCAAGGAGGAGCAGCAGCAGCAGCCGAGAUGAACAUGAAGGGCACGGCCAUCGCCUUGGCUGUGAUAAUCUGUGCUACAGCUGUUCAAGGCUUCAGUAUGUUCAAAAGGGGGCGCUGUCUUUGCAUAGACCACAGAGCAAGGGCAGUCAAGCUGGCAGAUAUUGAGACGGUCUCCGUAAUUUACCCAAGUAACAGCUGUGACAAAGUUGAAGUGAUUAUUACCCUGAAAGGACACAAACGGCAAACAUGCCUGGACCCCAAAUCAAAGCAAGCACGCUUAAUACGGCAGGCAAUAGAAAGAAAGAAGUUUUUAGGGCACCAAAAGAAGUCCUGAAAAAAAAAAAAAAAAAAUUGGAAACCUGGGAGUGUCUGACUGUGAUCACUCAAAUAUGAACUCUGAGAUAAGAACCGGACCUUCUCCUGUCUUGGAAUAUGUACCCAUAUACUACCAGGUUACAGAACCUUCUAGGAGGUUUGAUAUGCCUAACUGUUCUGCUUGGCUGUGAAAAUAUUUAUCUCUACAGUCACAUGUCUGUAUGUGUGCACAUUCCGCAUUACCUUCUGUGGUUACAAUGGACGCAUUGUUACUGGAGCCCAGCCCAGCACUGGACUCAAAAGCAUCUAAGUGUGUAGUAAAACAUUCCUUAAAGGAUUUUUCAUAAAAAAAAAAAAAAAAAGCAUUCCUUUCCCCAAAUACCCUGCAGUACAUAAACAUCUAGGAAAAGUUUUCAUGUAUCACCUUGUUUGUUCAUUUCCAAAGACGCAGCGCAGACAUGGCAGAACACUAAUGUUUCCUGAGUCAGCAACACUGGAUUCCCCAAGGUGCACUAAAGGGGUUAAGAUGUGUAUUUCCUCACAUUCCUUUUUAUCAGUGACAAUAGCCUGGUUACAUUUUAAAUAUAAAGUGUUUUUGCUCACCAAAGAAAAAUGUUGAAAAAAACAAUCUAUGAACACCUAUCAAUCUGUUCCUUGUGAUUUUGCUUCUGAGAAAAAUAUGUACUUAGUAUAUUUCCUUUGUCAUACUCUGAGUGGUAGGGAUUUCUUUUUUU